UUCACUGGUAAACCGGAAACUGUGCGUUUGUGCCGAAAUCCUGCCGCUGUUCAUGUUUUGUUUUAGUGAGAAUAUAAAAAGAGAGUUUUAUUAAGAUUUUUCCAAUGAGGAUAACUCUGUGGCGAUGUCGAGCAGUGAUGUAAUCGGGCCCGCCCUGCCUCCGGGACUGAGAGAGAGCAGAAGUGAUGAGUCAGAUGAAGAAGACAGGGUCAUAGGUCCAGCGCUGCCUCCUCUGUAUAAACCGGUUGAGUCCACCAGUUCAUCAGAAGACAGCGAUCAAGAGGUUGUUUUCAAAAGAGCCAAAUACUCAGGAUCUGGAGAUGCUCCGUCACCAAACAGAUCUCACAGAGAGGAUCAAGCAGCUAGAAAGCCUAGCGUGGAAGAUGAUGAUGGCUUCUUUGGUCCAGCUCUGCCUCCUGGAUAUAAAAAGCACGAGAUCUCACCUGAACGGCCACCGGUACUUGGACCUGCACUGCCUCCAGGCUUUAAAAAGCAGGAUCAUGACGAGGAUGCAAAGGAGGAUGAUGAGGCCAUAGGGCCAGCACUACCGCCAGGCUACAAAGCAGACUCUUCCAGCAGUGAAGGAGAGGAUGACGCAGUCGUUGGACCCAUGCCAGUGAAAGAGGCAGCUAAGAGCUCUGUGGCGUUAGACUUUGAGAGAAGGGCGAAGAGGAUGAAGGACAAACUCAUGGGGUUGGAUAAUGAACCUGAAGAACUGAAGAGGGAGAGCUGGAUGACAGAGCUGCCGCCCGAGCUGCAACACAUUGGGCUGGGCGCACGCACCUUCAAGAAGAGAUCCGGCCCUGAGGAUAAAGACCGGUCUAUCUGGACAGACACACCUGUAGACCGCGAGCGCAAAGCCAGGGAAAAACAAGAAGCAAAAGAGAAGGGUCUGCCAGCCAAAGAGGAAGGCCCUCGUCUCUCCCAGAAAGACCUAGACAUGGCUGAAAAAGUGUCCAAGUACAAUGAGUCUAAGAGAGGUGAAUCUCUCCUGAGCAUGCAUACUAAGAAAAUGAAGAGGCAGGCUGAGGAGGACUCUGAACAGCCUGUGGAGAGGAGGCCCUUUGACAGAGACACUGACCUGCAGGUCAACCGCUUCGACGAGGCUCAGAAGAAAGCUUUGCUGAAGAAGUCUCAGGAGCUAAACACUCGCUUUUCACACAGCAAGGACCGGAUGUUCCUCUGAGGAGGAACCAUUAUGAUGUUGACGAGGAGUGUUUAAAGGGUCAACCAAACCAGUGCGAACUAUUGUGGCUGUGAUUGAUUCGUUAUUAGCACCGUUUAUCUGAACUGUCCAUUCAAAGAUUAGCCGGUUAGUGCUGAUUACUGUGGGUACUGAAGAUGGAAAGGUUCAUUUAUUAUGAGCGCUGUUUGGUGAGGCAGCUCUCUGAAAACAGCUGUGUUUAAGGAUUAGCUAAAUAGUACUAGUGAAUGUUGUAGGUUAUGGAAAGGCAGUAACAUUCUUUCAUUAGUCAAAAAGUGCUUUAUUUAGCUUUCAUUGGCCAAACAGUGCUAAUGUAAAAUGAUGUAAAUGUCACACAUUAUCUCAGUUUUAGAUUUGCAGUUUAAUGCCCAUGUUUAAUAUUUAUGCUCAAAAAUUGAGACCUGCAAAGAAAUGGAACAAUAUGAAAGGAAAAAUAUUCAUACUGAAAGUUGUUGGUGGUGAUGCUAUAAAAUUGUACAGGGAUAUUUUCUGUGUUUGGUGUUUUGAGAAUAUCGAGUUGAUUUGUAACCGUUUUUUAAUUGAUUUCAAACAUUCUUUUGUGUUCAUCUUAUGUGUUUAGUCACCAUCUGACUUGGAAUAAAGAAAUAUUUCAACAUA